AUGAUUGUUAAGGAAAUAGUUCGAGGGACAGCGGAGCAUGAGUAUUCCUGUCUGCCCGCUUUUUCGUACAUGAUCGACGCUCUUAAUGUUGGCACUACCUAUUCCAUCAUGGUGAACAAGGUCGAUUGUAGGUUUAUGUACUACUUUUUAUCGUUGGGCCUUUGCAUUAAGGGAUUCGCCUACAUGAGGAAGGCUAUUGCGGUCGACGACACUCAUUUAUACGACAAGUACGAGGGCGUGCUACUAAGCACGGUUGCACAGGAUACGGAGAACCAUAUUUAUCCUAUUGCCUUUUGCGUCGUUGACAAGGAGAACAAUGCAUCUUGGACGUUCUUCUUUGAGAAGCUGAAGUCUAUUGUGGUCGAUGGACCAGAUUUGUGUUUUAUCUCCGAUAGGCACAAGAGCAUCGCCAACGGCAUCGCAAAGGCGUACAACCAUGCUCAUCAAGGGUACUGUAUGAGAAACCUAGGUAAAAAUCUCUGGGUAAAUCACCACUGCGGAGAACACUUCUAUCUAUUCUACAACGCGGCAAAGGCAUAUUCUCCCGAGGAGUUUAGCGACUAUUUUGUGGAAUUUAAAAACUACUGUCCCGAAGCAUUCUUUUUCCUCGAGCAUGAGCUUGGUUUUAAGAAAUUGAGCAGGGCAUAUUUCCCCGGUAACAAGUUUGACGUGAUGACCACAAAUAUUGUCGAGUCAGUAAAUGUUAUAUUGAUUGAUGAAAGGAAGUACCCCGUGGCAUCCAUAUUCAAUUAG